CGAUAGGCUGCCCCGGCCGCAUUUUGACACCGUCCAGGGCAGCAUCGGUGCCUUUACCGCAAGGCCGGAUGCAGACGAAUUGAUUUCCCAGCGAUGCGGCGGCCCCCAGCCUUGUAGUACGCCAAGCCAUAUGAUGCGGCCUCUCUGGCCGCUCCUCACGCUGGCCGCGGCGGCGACCGAUAAAAAUAAACUGCUCGUCGCGCCGGCCGCGGCGGCGCCCGAUCGAGAGAAACCGCUCUACCUCUUCGGGCACAUCCCGAAAUGCGGCGGCGUGUCCUUCGUCGCCGACCUGGUCGGGCGGCUCCACCUCACGAGCUGCUUCGGGCGCAAGGCCGUCGUCGCCAAGGGCGAGAACUGGACGCACGCGAUGGAGCGGGGCCGCUGCAACUUCGUGAACACGGAGCAGUGGCUGGGUGAACACGGAGGCAUGGUCCGGCAUUUCCCGCGGCCGCCGCGCGUCGCCAUCCUGGUGCGAAAUCCUGAGUCGCACGUGCGCUCGCAGUUCGCGCACUGCCAGACGCCCGGGAACCGGGCAAAAUGGCACCUCGACAAAGCUGGUCUCCAUGACUGGGUCACGCGGUGGCGCGACGCGGUGAACGGCGACAAAUCGGCGGUCGCGUCCGCGUUCAAGCUCUGCCACUUUAAUCCAUUAAAUAUGAUGACGACGAAGCUCUGCGGCGGCUACAACCAUAAUGGUUUGAAGCCGAAACAUGGCUGGUCCGAGACGUCUUGUUUGGAGAAAGCAUUGGAGGAGGUCGCGGCCGUGUGGCACAUCGCGCCCCUGGAGAAAUACGACCAGAGUCUUUGUGUGCUGGGGCUGCGCCUCGGCGUGCGGCUGAAGCAGUGCUCCUGCGGCGCGCCGGUGAGCGCGUUCGGCCAGCACAAGCAACAUGGCGUAAAACGCCACGCCGAGAUGAGCGCCGCGACGGUCGCCAUCGUCCGCGACCUCACGCGGACCGACGACGCAGUGUGGCGCGCCGCCACGGAUAGGUUUGACCGCGACGUGGCGCAACUUUCUUCUUCCUGCGCGGCCCCCAGCUCCAGCUCCAGCUCGGAAUAAUAGUAGUG